CUCCCAUCAGGAGGUGCUUCGCCGGGACGUGCAGCAGUCGGUCGGGGGGAGCGGAGUUCCCGGGACAUGAGCUGCGAUGAUGAAGUUCGGCGUUACCUUGGUCCGUCAUGGUGAAACAAGAUACAAUAAAGCAAAAAUCCUUCAAGGGCAAGGAGUAGAUGAACCACUGUCGCAGUUUGGUUUCAAGCAGGCUGAGGCUGCAGGCAAGUUUCUCAGCAACAUCAAAUUCACUCACGUGUUCUCAAGUGAUCUACAGCGUGCGAAACAAACUGCAUCUGCUAUUGUAUUAAAAAACAGUUAUGGAUCUAAACUUAAAAUAAUCUGUGAUACAAGGCUUCGAGAAAGAAAAUAUGGGAUUGUUGAAGGAAAGCCCCUGAAUGAACUCCGGGCAAUGGCAAAGUCUGCAGGACAGAAGUGUCCUUUUUUCACUCCCCCAGGAGCUGAGACUGUGGCUGAAGUUCAGGCUCGGGCAGAGGAUUUUUUUAAUUAUUUGUGUCAGCUUCUUAUGGAAAAUACAGAAAAAGGUAAUGGUGCACCAGAUCAGUUUGAAGCAGUUGCCGAUUAUUCAGGAGGUUUGCACAUUUCACUGAAAAAUCCCAGCUGUGUGGACUUCAACAGUUCUGAUAUAAAUGAUGACAAUUCAGGUACUCCAGUGGAUCUAAUGGCUAAUGUACUUGUAGUCAGUCAUGGUGGAUUUAUUCGACAAUGGGUUAGGUAUUUUGUAGAGGAUCUGAAAUGUCUUUUACCACAAUCCUUCGAUGAGUCGAAGGCAUUUUCUGUAUGUCCAAAUACAGCUGUAAGCAGUUUUAUCAUUACUUUUAAUCAGGUAGCUAGCUCCUCUCCUGGGAUAAUGUGUGACUAUCUGUACAAAUGUAGCCAUAUUGAUGACAUUUCUCUCUAAAGCCAAAGAAAUAAAUUAUUCUUUGUAGACAUGUUGUAAAAAUGUAUGCUAGUAUGUAAACUUGAUUACUAAAAUCAGGUUAUGGUUAAAUCCAUUGUUUACAAUCCAUCCAUUUUAAUUCCUUCAUGGGUUGAUUUACUCCAGAGGAUUCAGUAGUGCUGAGAACCUAACUUAUUUUUAGAAAAUUGCCUUUCACGUUUCCUUUUGUGCAGUGUGCAGCAAAAGAUUAUCCAUGGUUGCUGUGGUAUGAUAAUUUUUUUAUUAUUGAAGGCUGAGGGAAGAAUACUAUAAUGUGUUGAUUGAAGACUGUAGUUAUUGAUUGAUCCUGUGAUACUAGAAACCUUUAGAAACUAGAAUACAAAAUGAUUUGUAAUCUGGCCUUCAUGUUAAUAAUACCACAAAGCUUAUUCAUGGAUCUGAAGUACCUUGAAAGUUAUCUCUGUUGAUUAGAAAACCUGAAUGUGUGCUGCAUUAAAUGGUUUAUCCUAUUAGGUGUUGAUGUGUAAAGCUAAUUCAUUUGUACAUCAAAGUUUGAGUAAAGUGAUAUUUAUAAAGAAAUAAAACUUUAAUGCAAUUAUGUAUGCUGUGAUAGAAAUGAAAAUAAAAUAGACAUG